AUGACUUGGGGUGCUUGUCGUGUCAUCUACACCGAGGGCGUGCAGCGCGCGCUCUACAACUGCGGCGUGAGGGUCAACGAGCUCUGCGAGGAGGUCUUCGGGCGCAGGCCAGAGCUCCUGCAGAACGCCGCCGCGCGCGAGCUGCUCGUGGACGUCUGCCAGCGCUACCGCUGGAUGAGCGUGCAGGAGAUCAACGAGGCGUUCUCCCGCCUGGGCGACCCCGCGAGGGUUCCUUCGGAGGCGCGCGACAUGGGCCGGCCCUCGCAGCCCCCCAGCCAGAUGAGCCUCAGCGACACCUCCGGCCGCCCCAGGGCCGGGCACGCGGCCACGCCGGGCAGCGCGGGGACGCUGGCCACGCCGAACCCGACCAUCCCCAAGGUCGUCAUCUUCUGCCUGGACUGGAGCCUGUCCAUGUUAUCGCAGGACAAGAUACGGGCACGCACCUCUCCCGGUUCGGCACGUGCGUCGCCUGCGUGCGCAGGAUCCUGCACGAGCAGGUGA